CCCGAAUCUAAUCGACGAAUUGAACUCUUACCUUCCUCUAGUGGGGAAGCAAUGGUGGCAGAAAUCGAUGAUCCGUUGUUCCUGAUCUCACGCCGCUUUCUCCUCUUUCCUCUCCUCGAUCCUUUCUAACCCCCAGCAGACCCAAGGAAGAACCCAUUCGCUGCGUCACUCCCACCAUUCCCGUCAAUCGCGCAAGCAUCCCCUCCCUCGCUGACUCGAAACUUGUCCUCUGCGUUAUCCGCGUUGGUUGGCAUUCCAUUCUCUCGAUUGAAAUUUUUCUUGUGUGAUCACCGGCUCCAACCAUCUGCAAAGCAAUUCAACUAUUCGUGGACCACCCCCGGACGGAGUCGAUCUCCGCAAUCCGAUCUGCUGGGCUCCUCCCCGAUCGCCGCCAUGACCGCGCCCCCAUGUGAGGACGAUGGUCGUGCGCCAUCGCAUCCUUUUUUGACUGAUGAGACCCAACGCCACAAUCCUUCCUCUGAUAUGUCCGGCCAUGCGACCGACGAAGAAAUGGAAGACGGCGACUCGGCCUAUGGUGAGGAUUCCCUGAUUGGGGAUGACACAGUCACUCUGUCCACCUAUAUCACGGACCACCGAUACGAAUACGGUCGGCGGUACCACUCCUUCCGCGAUGGCGCAUACUGGGGUCCGAACGAUGACAUUGCGAAUGAACAACAAGACUUGGCUCACCAUAUGUACUUUCUGACCCUCGAUGAGAAGCUCCACUUGGCUCCCAUCCGCAAUCCGCAGGAAAUCCUCGACGUGGGAACCGGAACCGGCAUUUGGGCAGUAGACAUGGCAGAUGAAUACCCUAGUGCCAAAGUCACCGGGGUGGAUCUCUCCCCAAUCCAGCCGCUAUUCGUCCCGCCGAAUUGUGUCUUCGAGAUUGAUGAUGUGACCCUUCCCUGGACCUACGAGUCAAAUCAGUUUGACUUCAUUCACGUUCGCGAAUUAUUUGGAUGCAUUCCUGACUGGGACGAAUUCCUCCAGCAAUGCUGGCGUUGCCUGAAACCUGGUGGAUAUAUCGAGGUCGUUGAGCACUCGGUCGAACCGGUCGCAGACGACGAUACCGUGCCCGAGGGCCAUUUCUACCGCAUCUGGGGCCAGACAGUCCUCGAUUCGGGCAAUGCGUCAGGGAAGACGUUCAACAUCUGGGCUGAGAGCGCGACGCGACUAAGGCAGGCGGGCUUUGUUAGUGUGGUGGAGAAUCGUUUCCAAUGGCCCAUGAAUGCCUGGAGUCCCGAUGCAAAGCUACACGAACUCGUGAGCAGUACAAGCAUUUAUCGGCCGGAAAGAAAAUCGCUUACAUCUAGCCAGGGUCGUUGGAACCAACUCCGCCUCCACGGUGGAGUCGAAGGAUUCAUGCUCCGUCUCCUCACCACCACACUCGGCUGGUCCUACGAGCGAGCGCAAAUAUUCCUCGCCCAAAUGCGCCAGUCCUUACGCGACUAUGGAACCCACGCCUACCUCCCCGUAUCGGUCGUCUACGCUCGCAAACCCGAGUCCGAUUCCCAUCCCGCUCCCUAGCGAGGGCUGUUUCUCUUAUUUCCCUGCAUUGCAUCCUACCAAACCUCAGUCGACUUCUAUCCAGAUUCUUUUCCGUGCGAGCCUUAUACCCUAUGCUUAUCUCUUAGAGCGAUUCGCGAUGUUAUGUGACGUGUACCGAUCAGUUACGUACGUAAAUGAGGUUUGUACUUCUGACCCAAUUUGUGGCCUUUUUGCAUUGGUGUUGUUGGUGUUGGGGUCCUCGUCGCGCUGCCAGCACUAAUUCAUUCCUCUUUCGAGUGCGGUCUGGCCGUUUGUGGGUAUGACUUGUGGUGGUCGAUG